AUGCUCUGUCUGGCGAAGCGCUUUGAACGCACCCAAGGCAAGCAGUUGAUUUGUUUACACUGUAUAACGAUCGUUUCUCUCUCUCUCUCUCUCUCUCUCUCUCUCUCUAUCUAUCUAUCUAUCUCUCUCUCUCUCUCUCUCUCUCUCUCGACGAAUAUGAGUUUUAUUACAAGUAGAAAAAAGGCAUUCAAUUUUAUCACUUACCAAUAUCAUUUCCCCCUCUUUACUAUACUUACCUUCCUUCUCUCCCUCUCCCUCUUUCUUUUCUUCCUACUCAGUCUUUCCUUUCUGUCUCCCGAUCCAUUUUUAUAUACUUGUAUGAAACUCUAUCUCUCUUCUCUCUCUCUCUCUCUCUCUCUCUCUCUUACUCUAUUAAUAUCCCUUUUUUUAGUUUAUCUCAGAUAUCCCUACGACAACAUACAGGCCGAACCGCGGAUUGGUAUUUUGCCGCCGUCGGGAAGACUUCCUCGCGGGACGUCAUGCUACUACUUCAGACCAUGCUUCACGAGGUUAACAGCUACAUUUGCAGUUUCAAAUAUGCUUUGGAAAAUGCUCCCUUUCCUCCCCUUCAGCAUUGUAAUUGACGCCGACAAACGGCCUCAUGAUGAACACGAACGCCGCUACAAUGCUCCUGCGUGCAACGAAGUGGCCGCUAUUAUACAUGGGGAGCAAGACCGCACUCGCGAUAUUGUCCUCAGAUCAAGAAGCGGCGCUCUUCGCAGGAUUUCAGAAACCCAUCGAUCAUAUGACGCAUUGCUGUAA